AUGUCAAGAAGCCUCAAAAAAAUUAAAAAAGCUUUUUAAGAAGGAGCUGCAAUAAAAAUUGAUAACAAGGAAAUUAUGAUAAUAUAUAAGUACAGUUCAUGUUUACAGUUUAGCAAUAUAUAUCAAUUAUCUAAUUAAGUCCAUUAAGAGGUCGAAACUGCGUAAGUUAAUCGCCGUCUUUAUUCACCUAAUUAUAAGAUAGUGGAUCAAUAAUUAAUAGAAAUUUAUAUAGAUCUUUUGAAAGAAUUCAUUAAUGAUAUUUGCUACUAAGUUGAUAAAUUUAAAUAGGAAAAAGAAAGCGUAUCAAUACCAAUAUUAUAUUCAAGGUACUCUUUAUUGUUACAAAAACAUAUCACAAUUAUAAAGCUUAUUCAUAUUGGCUUUAAAAAAUUUUCUAUUAUUUUGAUAAUAACUUUACAUCAUAUUCUUGA